AUGGUCGCUGUGGCCAAUAUUGCAGUGCCAAUGGCAGCGAGGAUUCAGAAUAUGCAAGCCCUUUACCAACUCUCAUCGGGCGCCACACCGCAAGCCUACCAAACGCCUGGACAGGUGCCAGUCUCGUUGGGACUUCACCUUGCCGCAAACGGGAUGACGAUGUCUCCGGCUCUCCUCCAACACCUCCAAGCACAACAAGCCGCCGCUCAUGCCGCUGGCAUGCAGCCAUCAAACGGUGCCAUGGUCGCCAAUCAGGCUCAAGCUCUGCCUAAGCUCGAUGAAAAUAAAAAAGAUGAGCAACCAGAAUGUGACAUGGUUCAACUACAUAUCCAACAACUCGCUCAACAACAAUUAGCUGCACAAGCCGCCGCUCAAGCUCAAGCCGCCAUUGGGCCACAAAUGCCUGUUCAAAGCGGAAGUGCCGGUGAUCCAUCCACAUCCUCAGAUCUAAAUCAAGCUCCGAAACGACUUCACGUCUCGAAUAUCCCCUUCCGGUAUCGGGAUCCCGAUUUGAGGGCAAUGUUCGAGAAGUUUGGAACGGUCACCGAUGUCGAGAUCAUUUUCAACGAACGAGGCAGCAAGGGAUUCGGUUUUGUGACAAUGGAAAAAGCACCCGAGGCUGAGAAAGCACGACAAGAAUUGCACGGAUCAUCGGUUGAGGGACGAAAAAUUGAAGUGAACUGCGCCACAGCAAGGAUCCAUACAAAGAAGCCAAAGACAGAAGGAUUCCCCGGUCUCUUGGAUGCGUCACUGGCUGCGGCUGCACUGCAAGGAGCCGCUUUACAACAAGCAGCUGCCCGAAAUGCUGUUUUGAUGCAACCGUCGUUGGCUCAAGCGGCUCUGAUGAGAGGAUUGAUGCCAGCAACUGCACUUCAAGCACAACAAUUACAAUUGUUGAAUCCGUUAGCACAAUUGGGUGCUGGACAGAUGUUGUUAGCUGGUGGUGGUGCGUUCCAAGGAGCGGCUGCAUUCGCCGAUCAUUCAGCUGCUCUCCUCUCCGAACAGACGCGAUACCAAAUCGCCGCGAUCCAAGCCGCUCAACAAGCGGCGUCAGCAGCCCGUGCUCAGGCGACGACGAUCCCGACGUCGCAAUCACAACUCACCGACGCAGCCACACUGAAUGCCGCCUAUUUGGGACAAACAUUCACCGGACCGCUACAGGGCCUACAAAUUCCAAUGGCUCGAUUCAGACCCUAU